AUGGUGGACGCGAAGAGUUAUACAGUUGGCUGGCUCUGCGCUUUAAGCACGGAGUUUGCGGCUGCCAAAAGCCUUUUGGAUGAGCAGCAUGAGCAACCCACGAAUGUUGGCAAAGGAGAUGAGAACAACUAUACACUAGGUAAAAUGGCAAACCACAACGUCGUUUUGGCUGUUUUACCUGAUGGAGAGCGUGGAACAACAGCGGCGGCAAUCGUUGCCGCGACUAUGCUAUGCACGUUCCCCAACAUUGAAAUUCGCUUGAUGGUUGGCAUUGCCGGUGGUGCGCCUAGCAAGAACCAUGACAUUCGGCUGGGCGACGUUGUGGUGAGCUUGCCCCGUGAUGGAAGAGGUGGCGUGCUGCGAUAUGACUAUGGGAAGACAAUCCAGCAUCAGGCAUUCCAGAUCACAGGGUCUCUCAACCAGCCUCCCAGUGUCCUACGUUCGGCCGUGAGCGCCCUCAUGGUAGACUACAUGUGCGAGGGCCAUGAAAUCAAGAGGACAAUCGAGAGCAUCGUGGAACGAAACCCUCGGCUGCGGAGGAAGUUCCAGCGACCACCCCUCAGCAGCGACAUAUUAUAUCAAUCUGCGUUUGUCCAUCCUGCGGAUAAUGAAAUGUCCUGCUCAGAGCUUUGUGGCGAUGACCCAUCACGUAUAGUCAGGAGAGAGCCCCGAGACGAUGACUACGACGGUCCUGCUAUUCACUACGGCCUGAUUGCGUCGGCAAACCAGGCGAUGAAGGACGCUCAGGUCAGGGACAAGCUUGUUGAAGAAAAAGAUGUGCUGUGUUUCGAAGCGGAAGCGGCAGGGUUGAUGAACGUGUUCCCUUGCUUGGUCAUCCGAGGCAUAUGCGAUUAUUCGGAUACUCAUAAGAACAAGCAGUGGCGGGGAUAUGCGGCAAUGGCCGCAGCUGUGUAUGCAAAAGAUGUUUUGCUUCGAGUACCGGUCGAAGAGAUUGGAGUUGCACAGCCGGUCAAAGAAGAUGUCGAUUCUAUGACGGGGACUGAACCUGGAGAAACAGCUUUCGAGGGACCAGGAAGAAUGGGCUUUUCUCCGACCAGUUCUCCUACGAGUGAUUUAGUAGGAUAUUUGAGCAGGGAUUCCGUCGACGCGUGUAUCGCAAGGGACCGCGAGCAAUUCAUUUGCAAAACGAGGGAGCUGGUUCGAAAAAUCAUCAAGGCCAACACCUCCGGGGGUAUCUGGUACAAUCGUGACAAGGUUUGGGAGUUGUCCCGCCAAUGGAGGGAGUAUUUUCACCUGCACAGGACGAUUCCGUUUGAGGGGAGGUUGAGCGGCUCUCCGUCUCCUACGAUGACGCGAUCUUACCUGAUGCGUAUGGUGUCUGACACUCGUCUUGGUGGGGAUGGAGUUUCUCGCCAGAUGGCAGAUUUGUAUGAUGUUAUUGCUGUAAUGGAUUAUGUUGAUGAAUGGUAA